AUGCGCGACGGGCGUGUUUGCGCCUCCCUCCCCUUGCCCGCUGCCUUCCUCCCCUCCUUCUGGGGCUGCAGGUGCCAGGAGGAGACUGCCGGCGCCCCUGCCCCGCAUUCUGGGCGGCGGCUCCUCAGCCGGGGACGGGAGGCGGCAGGUGGAGCGCAGGGCGGCCGUGCCCGCAGCGGCUUUCUGCCAUCGGCCGGCGGGCGGACCGGCUCCCCGGGCAUGAACCGGGUCCAGCGCGGGGGCGGCGGAGCGGGGGGCCGCGGCCUCGGCACCAUGGAAGUGAAGAGCAAGUUCGGUGCAGAAUUCCGAAGAUUUUCUUUGGAAAGAUCCAAACCUGGCAAAUUUGAGGAAUUCUAUGGAUUACUGCAGCAUGUUCAUAAAAUUCCGAACAUUGAUGUCUUAGUUGGAUAUAUAGACAUUCAUGGAGAUCUCUUGCCUAUCAACAAUGAUGACAAUUACCACAAAGCAGUUUCUACAGCUAACCCCUUGCUUAGAAUUUUUAUCCAAAGAAAAGAAGAUGCAGACUACAGUGCCUUCGGGACAGAUACCUUGACAAAGAAGAAAAAUGUCUUAUCAAACGUCUUGCGUCCAGAUAACCAUAGAAAGAAGCCACAUAUUGUUAUUAGUAUGCCUCAAGACUUUAGGCCAGUAUCUUCUAUCAUAGAUGUAGACAUACUUCCAGAAACACAUCGCAGGGUGCGACUCUAUAAAUAUGGAAUUGACAAGCCUUUAGGAUUUUAUAUACGAGAUGGUUCUAGUGUCAGAGUAACACCCCAUGGGCUAGAGAAAGUACCAGGGAUUUUCAUAUCCAGGCUUGUUCCUGGAGGCUUGGCUCACAGCACAGGGCUACUAGCUGUCAAUGAUGAAGUUCUUGAAGUGAACGGCAUAGAAGUUUCAGGGAAAAGCCUUGACCAGGUUACAGACAUGAUGAUAGCAAACAGUCGUAACUUGAUAAUUACUGUGAGACCAGCAAACCAGAGAAACAAUGUUGUUAGGAACAGCCGGACUUCUGGUAGUUCAGGGCAGUCCACAGAUACCAGCCUACCAAGUUACACUCCACAUACUGUGCCAAGUUAUUACGCUGAAGAAGAAGAAGAAAGUGAUGAAGAGGAUAUCAUUAUUGAAGAUAAUGGUGAACCACAACAAAUCCCAAAAGCUGCUCCUUCCAGUGAAAGCCUGGAGUCAUUGACACAAACUGAAACCUGUCAAGAAUCAAUACAAAAUGGUGUCCUAUCUUCCAGAGAAGGAGAUUUGUAUUGUUCAACAGGCAGCAUUAAUAUGGACUAUGAAAUUCAGGACUUGGACCAAAAGACCUUAGAAGAAGAUGGGACAAUCAUAACAUUGUGAAAAAACAUGUUAUUUGCUUAUUGUAAUUAAGAGGCCAUAACAUUUUUUUAAUUAGGCUGUACUUAUGCAAUGUAU